AUGGGGCCUGGGACCCCCUCCCCACCUCCUCCUCUCCUCCUGACUCCAAGCCUCACCUGGAGAGAAAAAGGCCUGGUUCCGGGGGGCAGGGGUGGGGGGAGGGCCCCAGCCGCCGUGGGCCCCUCUGAGGUGGUCUGUGUCCUCUCCCCUAGCUACGGGGACCAGGUGCAGCAUUUCAAGGUGCUGCGUGAGGCCUCGGGGAAGUACUACCUGUGGGAGGAGAAGUUCAACUCUCUGAACGAGCUGGUCGCCUUCUACCGGACCAGCACCAUCGCCAAGAAGCGGCAGGUCCUCCUGCGGGACGAGGAGCCCCUGGCCAAGCCGCCCCGGGCCUGCUUUGUCCAGGCCCAGUUUGACUUCUCAGCCCAGGACCCCUCCCAGCUCAGCUUCCGCCACGGUGACAUCAUCGAGGUCCUGGAGCGCCUUGACCCCUGCUGGUGGCGAGGCCGUCUCUGCGGGCGUGUCGGCUUCUUCCCGCGGAGCUACGUCCAGCCGGUGCACCUGUGACCCAAGUGGGCCCGGGGGCAGAGCCAGUGGACCGGCCAUCCACCGGGCACUGCGGUCCAGAGAGAGGACACGGGCACCCCCAGCCCAGGGCCUUGGACUGGAACGUGGGCCUCCUGACUGUCCGGCCGGCCUCCUGUGCUUCGUGUCAACUGGGACGGGCCCAGCGCCCCGGAAAGACCGCUUCGUUCAGGGCCCGUGGGCUAGGGGAGCUCCGGGGCCUCCGCCGGCCUCUUCCCAUUGGCCAUCAGCUGUGUGACGUCACAGGGUGGCCGGCAGGGCCCGCCCACUCGAAACCCAAUGUCACCACCCCCAGGGAGGGCUGAGGACUCCUGGGUUCCACCCGCUGGGAGCUCAGGCCAAGGAGCCACGCGCUGGCUGGGUGACCACCCGCUGGGCCUGCCCUCCUCUCCAUCCAAAAGCCCCAAAGGCUGGCUACUGGGGAGGUGGCCAGGGCCCCGCACACCUGUGCCUGGACUUGCUGGACAGACUCGGAGACUUUGGGCUCCACCUGGGAUCCAACGCCCCUGCCCACCACAGACACUUCGGGGGAGGCUGGAGGCCCUGAGGGAGGGCGGGCAAGGGUGAAAGGAACGGAGGCUGCUGCUCUUCCGCUGGCCCCGCGGGACGGACAAGCUCUGAGGGGCCAGGCCUGGACAUGGCCACCUGGGAGACACAGCUGCACCUGCUCGUACUUGUUCAGGCCCAGGUUCCGCCCAGACCAGGGCCUCGGGAAGCCUGGGGGACCACAGGCCAGGUGGGGAGUUGCAGCCAGAGCUGGGCUCUGAGGGCCAGCGGCAUCCAGAACGGGGCAGGCAGCCUCGGUGGAGCCCCAGCUUGAGAAAAGGCAGGGUGUCCACGGGGAAGGGGCCGUCAGCGCGGUCCUAAGCAGGGGAGCCUGGGGCCCUUGGGGCGCAGGCAGACCGAGGGGGCUCGGCAAGGGCUCUGAAUGCCAGGCCGGUGGUGGAGGGGCGGAGAGCAGGGAGAGGGGAGCAGGUGAGAUGGGGCAGGAGCCAAGGGAGGGG